AUGCACAUUGUGCGACCGAUAGUCGAGGCUUUGAUACGCUCUCGGGGACUGGGUCCUUGCGCGUCGUCAAACUACUGUUCUGUUUCGUUUGCAGACGAGAAACUGUUACGAGCUUUCAGUACGGACUCAAUGAUCGGGUUUUCCGUGUUGCACGGUCCGUCUGCUCCGGGACGAGCUGUGCCAGCAGAUGAUACAGAUCGGCAAACGGUAUCCUCAUUGGAAGGAAGCGUUACUGCUGCAUCAGUUGAUCAUAAUCGUUCUCUGAUCCCCUCCGCCCGUUUGAGUCACGGCAGCGGAGACCUUGCAGAUCAUACGGUUCUUUCUGUUCCACUCAACGGUUUUCCUGGGGACAAUGUGUCCCCCCCGGAGGAGGCGGAUGAGACUGCAAUGCUAGCCACUUUGGAACCAAGAAACCUGUUGGCAGAUCUUUUGGAAUAUUGUUCCAUUGUGAUGCAAGAUGUGAAAAGUGCUGCUCCGAGGUAA